GCUCGCCAAACCGCGGUGAAGCAUCAGGCCCCUAGCACUCUUGUAUAAUCAUUGCUUUCUAUGUGAAGAUUUCAGUAUACCUGAUCUAUCUAUAGAACGCGUCAGUUUUAUCUUUUUUCACAUAGCUGUCAAGAUGCUUGACACUUGCAACAGAUCAACUUAGCCCCCAUAGCCUUUCGAACACCACUACUUAACAUCGACACAAAAUGUCUACCACCGACAAAGCACUAGAGAUCAUCUCUUCAGCGAAUCUUUCGCCAACUGAACAUCUCCUUUUGAAAGGCUUCGUCAAUGAAGCUGUAGACUCGGAAAUUGCUGCAAAGUAUUUGAUUUCAAGAAUCAUCCAAGAUAAUCGAGAAGAUAUAGAAGCCAGUCUGCGUGACUUCAAAAGUGACUGGAGAAAGUUGGCAACGAGGACAAGCGCUUUUGACCCAAUUCCUAAACGUCUGGCCGCUUUGGUUCGUCUUAGAGAUGGUCCUAGAUGCUCCGUCACCAAGGAGCCGCGCAGCAGCUCGAUGGUUACCACAGAGCCCGCAUAUGUGAUCCCUCCUUCGUUGCUUCAUGAUCUUGAAAAAGAGGAAGAGGGACGUCUGUUCCUGAUGCUCGAAGCGCAUAUAUCACCGCCCUAUGUUGAAAAACUGCGGAUUCAACUUUCCAAUCAAGAAGGAAACGAUGAAGAUGCCUUGCGAAAUCUCUGGCUUCUGACACCAAGCGUCCACAAGGCUUUCCGCGAAGGUCACGUAGCUGUAACGGUAGCAUAUCGACAACUUGGCGAUGCGAAAUCGAUGGACGAACAGAGCCCGGACGCCACGUAUAAGCUAGCGACCAUGUAUCCCGAAGAGAUCCUAGGUCUUCUCCUCGGAGACGGAACUGCACUUGAGCAGACAAGACGCUUUCAAUUCUCCACACCCGAUGCUGAGACUCUACCGAUACCAAACUUCUUUCUUUUUGGGAUUCAUCGCCGAUUCGCCAAAGCACUACACCUCUUUUACAUUGAGGAUAAAAUCCCUCGUGGUUGGCCUCAACCACCCCGAGACUUCUUUGCAUUUGACUUUCCCAUUCUUCGACAAACUUUCCACCGCUUCUGGCUUUACAUACCGUCACGCGCACGCCGCCAGUGCUAUAUACUGCUCCAAAAAAUCGGGAGAUGGCUCUAUGGCCCUACGAUGGCGGUGCACGUGCAUCGGCUGCCAUUUGGCCUGAUUCUGAAACAGUGCGUUCGUACUCAUCAGAACGAACCUGUUUCAUUCAGGCUAGUUGAACAGUACACAUCUAUACCAGCACCUCGCGUAGUCGAUGUCGGCGAGUACAACGGCACAACAUAUCUAGUUGUGACCCGGCUACGUGGACAGAUGCUUCACGAAGUCCCCCAUCUAUUAUCAUAUGCGGAGCGCGACCUCCUCGCAGACACCCUCACAUCUUACAUUUCCCAAUUACGACAAAUCCCCAAUCCUACUCAAUUCUUAUUUUGCAACGCCCUAGGAGGACCGGUUUUCGAUCACCGCAUCCCCAACGGAACCGGAGGACCAUUCAACUCCGAAUCUGAGUUCAACGACCAUCUAACAAGCCAUCUCAAAUGCACAUCAGCCGAAGCUCUCGGCGAAGAGAACGUUCAGCGGGGCCAUCGCUCGUGCUUUACGCAUUGUGAUUUCUAUCCUACUAACCUUCUCGUUGAUCGUGGACGGUUAAGUGGUAUUAUCGAUUGGGAAUGCGCAGGUUAUAUGCCUGAGUAUUGGGAGUUUACUAAGGCGAUGUAUGGGACUCUUCGAGAUCCUGUUUUGGAAAGUAUUUUUCGACGUGCGUUUGGAUAUCGCUAUGAAUCGGAGCUCGCGGUGGAGAGAAAGCUGUGGCGGUAUACUCCGUUUGGGGUGUAGGGUUGAAUGAGGAGUGGAUGAAAUGGAUCUAUAUUGAUUUUGAUAUGGUAGUAGCGGAUUGUAUUUUAUGUGAUCAUUCAAGGCGUUUUUAAAGGGCAAACUCAUCUCGUUCAGGCAGCAAUUACUAAAUACAGCGCUAAUCGAAUGAUGUUCUGAGAACAGAGAGAAUUGAUUCUGGUAAAUACAAUUCUCAGAAAAAAAUGAAUAUUGGACAUGAUUGAGAUUCAGCUGUACCUCUUAGACAAGAAA